AGGCGUUUCUUCCUCUCUUUCUCUCUCCUGUUUCUUAAAUCCCUUAGUCAGGGGCAGCGUGCAAAUUAAAAGCAAGCCUUUAGGAGGAAAUCUAGCCUUCCGUCUAUCUGACGGACCAGAGCGCGGCAGCGGGGACGGGGACAGGAGGGACAGGAGGUGCCCGUGUGCGUGGGACAGGUAGGGACAGGAGGUGCCUUUGUGCGGGGGACAGGCAGGGGCCGGUGGUGCCUUUGUGGAGGGGACAGGCAGGGAGAGGAGGUGCCCGUGUGCGUGGGACAGGUAGGGACAGCAGGUGCUUUUGUGCGGGGACAGGCAGGGGUCGGUGGUGCCCGUGUGCGUGGGACAGGGACAGCAAGGACAGGAGGUGCCCGUGUGAGUGGGACAAGCAGGGAGAGGAGGUGCCCGUGUGCGGGGGACAGGCAGGGACGGGAGGUGCCUGUGUCCGUGGGACAGGGACAAGAGGUACCCGUGUGCGUGGGACAGGAGGUGCCCGUGCCCGGCGCGGCGGGUCGGGCUGAGAGAGGGCUCGUGGGGAGCAGGCGAGAGGCUGCCGCCACCGUCCCUCCCCGCUCCGGUGCCGGUUUCGGCGCGGCGCAGGGGCAGGGUGGGGAGGAGGCAGGCAGGCUUGGGUUGCACAGGCACGAAUAGCUGCGUGCGGAGAGUUUCCCCCGAGCUGCCUGCAGAAUCCCGAGCCGCAGCUUCCCCUAACCGGGCGGGAGAGGACAUCUGAGGCAGGGCAUGAGUUUUGGGGUGAGAAGCGUCGCUUUGCUGAGCUCCCUAUCCCCGUGGUGCUGGUGGCGGCGGCCGCGCCUGUCCUGCGCCCGUCCCGCCUGGUCCUGCUCGCGACAUAUCCUGGACAUGUCCUACUCCCGGCACUUUCUGGAUUUCCAGGGUUCGUCCAUCCCCAGCUCCAUGAAGAAGCUGGUGGUGACUAAGCUGAGCCAAAACUUCAGGGAAGCGGUUGCCCUGGAGCAGGACUCGCCCGUGCCGCUCCCGGGAGACGGAGACCUGCUGGUCAGGAACAGAUUUGUUGGCAUUAAUGCAUCUGACAUAAACUACUCAGCCGGUCGAUAUGACGCUUCAGUUAAACCUCCAUUUGAUAUAGGUUUUGAAGGUGUCGGUGACGUGGUAGCAUUAGGACUCAGUGCUAGUGCUGAUUAUACAGUGGGUCAGGCUGUGGCCUACGUGAAAGCAGGUUCCUUUGCGGAAUACACAGUUGUGCCUGCCAAACAAGCAGUUCCUCUACCCUCUGUGAAACCCGAGUUUCUUACUCUAAUGGUAAGUGGUGCUACUGCAUACAUCAGUUUGAAAGAGCUGGGAGAGCUGUCUGAAGGCAAGAAGGUUCUGGUGACAGCAGCGGCUGGAGGAACGGGCCAGUUCGCUGUGCAGCUUGCAAAGAAGGCAAAAUGCCAUGUAAUUGGAACCUGCUCCAGCAAUGAAAAGGGUGGUUUUUUGAAAACCAUUGGCUGUGACCAUACGAUCAACUACAAAACUGAAAAUGUCGAAGCCGUUCUUAGGAAGGACUACCCUGAAGGUGUGGAUGUGGUGUAUGAAUCUGUUGGGGGGAAGAUGUUUGACUUGGCUCUUAACUGCUUGGCUACCAAAGGGCGCCUGAUAGUUAUUGGGUUUAUCGCUGGCUACCAAAACCCUACUGGCCUCCCGCCCACUAAAGCAGAGUUAUUGCCAGCAAAACUAUUGAAGAAGUCUGCCAGCAUCCGGGGUUUCUUCUUGAACCAUUACCUUUCUGAAUACAAAAAGGCUCUGAAGCACUUGCUCGAGAUGCAUGAAAGAGGAGAUCUGGUUUGUGAGGUGGACUUUGGAGACAUGUCUCCGGAGGGCAAGUUCAUUGGCUUGGAGUCUGUAUUCCGUGCUGUAGAUUACAUGUACAUGGGAAAAAACAUUGGAAAAAUUGUAGUUGAAUUACCUCACUCUGUCAACAGUAAGCUGUAAAAACAGAACAAUGAUAUAAAUCAGAAGAGAGAAAAUGGGCACUUUAUGCCUCAGAAUUACUACAAACAAUUUCUUUUUUUUAAGCUUCGUAAUGGAUAUUAUAUUAAAAACAGCAUUAAGGUGCUAAUAAAAAGUUUUUUGGGGUUUUGUUUUUCUUUUCUUAAAAGUGCUUAAAUCUGUUUCUGUAGCACAAACUUAAUGGGCCUGUGUUUGACUCUGUUGCUUAGGCUAGCACGAGACAAGAGCAUUGUUCUUGACAGAAUAAGUCUUGAUGCAGAGGCAGGUUUAGUCUGUCAGACUGGUUUGAUAAUACUUUAUAUAUAGUUCAGCUCAGAAAAAAAAAAUCUUUCAGCAAUUUUGAUUCCCUGAUUUAAAAAUAAAAUUGUUAGAACUAGACUAAGUAAAGAGUGUCUUCUGGUUGCUCAAUUAAUCUCUUGAAAUUUCUGGAAAAAAUUAUGCUCUUCACUUUUUGUCACAAACAUGCUAAUCAUAAUUCAGUUGCAUCAUGGAUCAUAGUAAUAUUCCUUGACUGGUUACACAGAGAACAUUUAUUCUCUAAUUUUGACAUGUCAGUAAUAUUAAGAGAAACAACUUGACCUUUUUUUUUUUUUAAUUAUGUCUUUCGUAACUAUAGACAACUAUGCAAUUUUGUUUUAAAUCUGACUACAAGUUGCAAUAUAAUCUAAUUUUGUUGCCUUUGCUUCUGUUGUUGUUUACUGUCCCUCCCCCCUUUAGUCAGUGUUACAAGGUGAUGGGAGUGGGAUCUUAAGCCAUGUUCACGUGUGUUUAGGUCCUGUGUAUUUUUUGAAGAUUUAAUAAAGUUAAAAAAGCUAUUUAAAUAUUUGUGGCAUUUAUUCACGGUGAUUCAGUUCUUGCUGACUAGCUCCUUUGUAGGUAAUCUCUGUGUUGUACACUUCUUUGGCCAGUGAUUCUUGUGACUUCCCAUUAUCAGGCUGCUGUUUGUACUUUUACCGAAUAUUGCUUCUGCAGAAGCCCUUUCACAAGCAGCAAGACCAUUUUAAAUCUGCAGGCACAGUACCUCAUACACGAACCAGCGCUCAGCCAUAGAUUAUCUAGCGACUGCAGUUAAAAGGUUUUGUUAAGUUUUGACAAUUCUUCCUCACUUAAUAGAUACUAUUAACGGUACAUACAGUGGGAAUUCCAGCUAGAAGUGUAAUAUUUUCCAGAACAAUAAAAUACUUUAAGCUAUGCUUGCUCUACAUCUUUUUUCCAUAGCAAAUGUUUAAGAUCUUAAAGGCUGAUUUUGCCACAUCUUUUGAAACUAUACAUACACUUGAAUGCAGUUGGAGAGAUGGAAAUUUCCUAAGAUUAUACACCUAAUAAUAAACGUAAUGAUAGACUGAUAAUGUCUAGGGGUUGAAGGAAAAAAUCCAGGGUAAACUUAAGUUUUGGGCAUUAUUCAGGACUAACUGUACAUGACGUGUUCAAAAGUAACUUAUAUUUUGCUCAGUAGUACAGGCAGAAGAGAAAGUAUUUUUAAGUUUGAUUUAGCGUUUUUUAAAAGAUGUAGUGCAUCCUAAAGAACUGUGUGCAACAAAGAACUGUCUCUUUUUUGGGCCACGCCUAACUACUUGCUUUAGUCCCACUUUUGAGGAUCUUGGAGAAAGGCAGAACGUCUUGAGGUUUUUCCACUAUUUCUCUUUUACUUAAGCUGAGCAUCAAAUCACUAUGAUUUUUAUUUUCAACAAGAUCUGCUGUUAGAAACAGACAUCCGUAUUCCCCUCUAAUAUUACAAACAAGGGUGUUUUAUGUGUUUUGAGUAUUUAGAAAGGCAUAUUUAUUUGCCUUCAAACUGGAUGCUAGAAAGAUACAAACACUCAAGUACCAUACAAGAUCAGAAUAUACAAAGUUCUCACUAUUUUAUUCCUAAGUAGGUGAUUUCUUUUCUCAAAGGUGGUACCCUUGGUCAGUGAAUGCAUAUUUAAAACAAAAAAAAAAAGCCUGUUUGGUAUGUACUAGGGCAAAGUAAAAAGAAUACGAUUGGUUACAUCUGUGCUGAGCAUGGAAGAGUUCCAUGGAUAACAAUUUUUCAAAUUAAGUUCCUGCAGUUCUGUGCCAAAACUUAUCCAAGUGGCCCGAUUUUCAGAGGUGUUGAUUGCUGCCAGUCCAGUAGAUUUAGGUGUUUCUGAGGGAGUGAAUUCCAAAUGUUUUUGUCAGAAAUGUUUUUGUCAGAAACAGGAUUCUGCUUGGACAUACAGCAUUUUACUUUCUUUUCAAUAUGUUGCUUCACGUAUAACAUUGAGUAAUGUGACUGCCCUGGGCUCUUUUGCUGAUCAAAAUAAGGCAAGAGAGGAACCUUUGGAAGUUUACAAAGUAUACACACACACACUUUUUUUUUUUUCCCCACAUAUGACAUUUAGUUCAUUUUAAUUUUUGCUUUAGGCUUCUUAUUUAGCACUUUCAUUCUCAUCACAGCAUUAAUAAAAAGUUUAGAUUUUUUUAUAUGCAUAAGUUGUAUGGCAAAUGUACUAAUUCCGUAGUGCUUUUGGGUUUGGAGUUGAACUAUGGCCAUUGGGCUUGUCCUUUUCAUGAAAUGCCUAUGUUAAGCUAAAGCAGUAACUCAGAAUAUUAUAGGAUUGCUCUUCUACAAAUGAAUCCACAAUGAAGAAAUAGGUUUUGUUUUUAAAAACACAACUUCAAUAAUUUAGAUUGCUGAAAGAGAGCAUUAUUGUCGGGGAGAGGGUGAAAAGUGUUUCUGAAAGACACAGAUAACGCUUUUCUGCUGAGAUUCAUAAUAAUUUUUGGUUUGCAGGAGGGAGAAAGAAGCCAACUUCUCUUUAUUUAAAAGUAUAUUCUGCAAACUUAGAGUUAUGGGAGCAGAGCUGACUUUGAAUAAGUAAGCUAUGAUGGAUUUAAAUAAUGUUUAAAUAUUAGCUAGAUAGGAAAAUGUAUAUGGCAUGCACACACUGAGAGUGGUGAUAGGACGUUGAACAUACAAGGAAAAGAAAUACUGUAGAGUCACAGCAAGGGAUUAAUAACAAUACACUUAAUAUGCUUGCAGAAAAGGUGUAUUAAAAGCUGUGUGCACAGUGGGGACUUAAAUGAUUAAAAAUAAUAAUACAUUUGCCUGGGAAGGACUAAGUAUGCUAUAUGUAGAGAGCAGGGAUUUAAAUAAUAAUACUAUUAAUAAUAGCAGCUCAUUGAGAUGUGGUUGCUAGCACUACACCCUAAUUUUACCUUUCUAAAUGAAUUUGCUACAGAGGAAUCUGGCAUUGUUUGCCGAGACUAACAACAGAAUUUCCCUUUCCUACACACAUAUGCUUCCAUGGAAAAACAACAAAGAAGUAGAUGAAGAGCUGGCUUUUUUCCUGAGUCUGUCACAUGUGUGCAUAUGCACGCACACAUGGACACACACAUACUCACUCUCUCCUGGCCUGCAACCCUCAGCACAUUUUACAGACAUGCUUCCUACUUAAUUGUUGUGCUGGAGUCUCCUUACACCUUUUUGAACCAAGUUAAGAUUUCUACCAAGCAAUAGUUUGCUAUAUAUUUGUAUGUGUGCAUAUGUGUGCGUGUGUUUAUAUAUAAAAUGUAUGUAUUUAAUAAGUAGAUAGGAACUGCUCUGUCAUGUAAAUGCAUUUAAUUACAGUCUCUCACAGAAAAGUUCACAGUGGUGUUUGCAGAUACUAUAUAUAUUCCUGCUUCUGUCUGAGGAGUAAAGAAAUUUCUCUACUGAAUAACUGUUAGUAUCUAUUUUACAAGAUUUACUCAUUUUCAGGUACCUAAUGUAGCUGCUAGCAUGCAUGCACAACAAUACAAUUUAUAUGGUAAAUGGAACCAAAUAAUGGCUUCACUGAAUGUUAUGGCUGCACUGAAGGGAAAUGUCACGGUAAAUAGCUGCCAAAUUAUGGAUCAUGCCGAAGUGUCACAACUGCACUAAAGACAAAUAGCACUAGAGGCUAUUGCCACUGUGAUGCUUUUGAGUUAUGAAGAAGAGGAGCAGCCUGAUGUGAGUCUCUUUGUGUCCUCAUUAUAGCAAAGGGUUACUGGUGCAGCGUACAAGAAAACCUAGUCCUACGUGGUAGCUAGUUAUUAAUCUGUUCUUUUUGAAUCUAACAGCUGUAGCAAACUAGGAAAUCUUUUUCUUGCUUUGUGAAUACAUAUACACACACACACAAACAAAGAAAAACUUGCAGGUUUUACGAAUGUAAAUGUGUACAGGAAAUGACUGGUAAUGGAAAAAUGUUGUAAUAAAAUAAUCUAAUCAAAGAAUAUUAUUAAAUUUAACAUCGUAUGUGUCUGAA